CAGACGUGUGCGUAUAAGAGGCUGACGUGAGGAGAUUUUCAAACCAGUUCAGCAUUAUUCGGCGCUAUGGAAACGUUCGUGCUGCUGCCAUUCUUCCUACUCAGUCGCGUCCCCACGGACGUAGACACCUGGCGCCAUGGACCGGAGUACACCUUUGUGAUGGACGCCAACAUGACUACUCUGCAGGGACGUUCCAUACUCGACUUCUACGUCUACCAGGUGUACAGCACGCUCAAGUGUCGUCCGCGAGAUUUCGAAACGCUGCAUUGUCAGUUCUGCGCUGCUAACAUAACGAUAUAUCGUGACCCGAUUGAAGUACACGAAGACGAAGACAGUUGGCUCCACGCGCCCUUCGACAUUAAGUUCGAUCAGCGGGGAAUUCGGAACUUAGUGAUCCUCCGGGAGAUGGAUGCCUGGUACCUCGAUAUGGUGCGAGCUUUCGUGAGCCAGAUGAACUUCGGCGUAGACUUGCGGCUAGACGGUGCGUUCACGACUAUGGAGAAUACCUAUAUCGGACAAUGCGAAAGUCUUGUGAACAUCUCCCACAUUGCUGAAGGUAACGAGGUCCCAGGGAGGGAGGACUAUGAGAUUGUGCCAAUGGUCUCAGGAAAUAUCAGGCUUAAGAAGAAACAUGGCGAGACGCUGGUAAUCGAGAAGACGAGGAAUCUGGAAAAUUGCAUAGACAAGAGGGAUUACGUGAUAACGGGCGACACAAGACGUCACAUGGAGACGCAGAUGGUGUCAUCGCGCAGUCGGAUUGAAAUAUCCGACAUGGAAUAUGACUCGUAUACCGAGAACAUGGUCAAUGUCAUACACAUGGGAAUGAUAUUCCCAUUUCACGAGAAAAUCAGCAUGAAUCUCAUCUCCGUACGUCCCGCCGAGGAGAUAUUACAACCUUUCUCAACUGAUGCAGCGACCGUCAGCCCUUACGUAUACAGCGAGAAGGAUUAGGGAUUUUUUAUGAAAAAAAAAGAAAGAGAGAGAGUAAAUAGAAACAAUUAUUGUAUGACAAAAUUAUUAAACGACAAAAUGUAUUGUAAUUCAGUUUUCCGUCGCGUGCGAGAAAUUUUCUUCCGUGCUGGCGUGUUAACGAAUGCAAAUAAAUGACACAAGUAGCAAUAA